AUGAGUUUCUCAUUCUUCCUGCCCGAUACUUCCUUUGCCCCAACAUUCCCUGAAGCACGAUUUGCCCUCAGCUUCAUCUCCUCCCUCCUCUUCUGCCCCCCUGACUUGAGGUUCCUUCAAGUUAUGUCCAAGCGUCAUGGUGGACCCAACAAAUCCUGGGCUACAAUUACCCCUGAGCGCUUUGCGGAAUUGCUCGAGGCACAACGGGCCACUUACGCCGUCAUCGCUGACUAUCUGGCCCAGAGAGGACGGCCUCUCGAAGAUAGUAUCCAUGCUCCUCCUGGUAUCGCGCCUUUCCGUCGUGCUCCCUGUCCUACUAAACAGCGCAUUGUGGCCGACUGCCUGGACAUCUCUCGUCUCGUCCUCGGCCAGCCCUGGUACAGGUAUCAAUCCAACUGCGCCUGUCUUUACCCCUUCUCCCCCGCCGAGACCUUUCCCGAGGCCGAUAAUGCUGAAGCCAAAAUUCGCCGAGGCGUUCGUUCCCCUGAUGAGUUUAUGAUGCUCGUUAAGUCGCUCAAGAAGGUCAACAUCACUGUGCCUCCACGCCGAAUUGUCUUUGGAAAUCUGCCCAAGGGAACCAGCAUCUCGGAUGUUAUCUGUCUGGUCUUUGGUGGCGCCAUAAUGCGCGCUUGGAGUGUCGUCGAUGAUCAAGUGACUGUUGAGUUCUGUGAUGAUCUUGCUUGCCGCCGCUACUACGAUGCACACUUUCCUGGCAUCAAGGUCUGCGGCGACCACAUCAUUUCCAUUGAGAAGCCUGACAACACCGAGGUUCUCACGGAAGUGCAGCGCCGUCACAUCAAGAAUGGAGUCUCUCGCCUGGUUGGCAUCACUGGCAUCACCAACCACUUGUUCGCUCCUCUUUGUGAAAUCCUUCAGGGUUACGAAAUAGAUCACAUCAAUCUGAUUGAAUGCGAAAAACCUGGUAAAAUCUACGUCUAUUUCCGCAAUCUCGCUCACGCCUCGGAUUUCCGUGCCAACCUGGAAGAGAACUCGUCCCGCUGGGGUGACUGUGUCAUCGAGUAUCUUCCCGACCCGUAA